GUAGUACACGUCAAAGAUUUAACACAGUGUAAGACGCUCCUUGAGGUUUCUAUUGAGAUCUUUAGAGAAGUGCGUAUGCUUAACUGUAAGACUACACGUCCUGCUUCUACGCUGAUGGACCGUUCAAUGAAAUAUUCAGUAUGUACCAAGUACUCUUGUUUCUUGAAUGAUGCAGUGUGCUUUGAGGAUAAAUCAAGUUCAUGUCAUAGACACUUGAAAGCAGAGUUGCAUGCAAGACGCUCUCCAUCCAGGCCCAGCUGUGGUGUAGUAUUGUUCAGUUUUCUGAUGGAGUAGAGGAAAAAUGAAUCAGGCGUGUUUCUGCUCAACCACUGACUGCACGUCAGAUCUCAGGCUGUGAGCUGUUUGAAAAAGCAUCAUGAAUGCACCAAAUACACCAGUUGACUCUACUGCUUUUUAGCUCAACUUGGCGGUUCUGCAUUGAGGACGAGCCUGUUUUGUUUUAAUGGAGACUCUUUGAGCUGUUGAACAUGCUCUGCGUCAUAUUUUUACCCAUUGCUUUCCUGGUGGUGGGAAGCACAAAGCUCUGCCCUCAUCAGUGUUCUUGUUACGACGCAUCUGAGCUGGUGGACUGUCGAUCCCGAGGGUUCACUCACAUUCCCCACAGUAUUCCACAUGGCACGUGGCUCCUGGACCUCAGUGGGAAUAAGCUGUCGGAGUUGAGGAGCACCUCCUUUACAGGGAUAUGGGCGCUCCGGGUCCUUCUGCUUUCACAAAGCAACAUGCAGGUGGUGCAUUCUAAGGCUCUUUCCUCUCUGACCUUCCUGGAGAAGUUGGACCUGGCUUACAACGAGCUCCGUGCCCUUCCUUCAGAUUUCUCUCAUGGUUUGACCACUCUUAAAGAUCUCAAGCUUUCCCACAACGCUCUGGAACGCCUCGAAUCGCACGCUUUGGAGGACCUAGAAAGUCUCGAGAGGUUAGAUCUCAGUCACAACCACAUUCAGGUCAUCGAAGUUGGGGCAUUUCGUGGACUUACCAUGCUGAGGCACCUUAACCUUGCGUGGAAUCAACUGACUGUCCUCCAAGGAGGUCUGCUCACCAUGCAACAAGGUCUUGGAGUCCUUCUCUUGAACCACAACAACAUCUCCAAGAUUGAAACAGAAGCUCUGGCUCCCUUACAAACCCUCACCAUUCUGAACUUAGAAGCCAACCAGUUGAGGAGCCUGAAGUUCAAGACGUUCUUAAACCUGCAGACGCCCAGCACGCAUCUGCAGAUGUCGGAGAACCCCUGGACGUGUGACUGCGAACUGCAUCGCGUCUUCAGUAAGAUACUGCACGUCAGGCAUCUCCACGUGGACGAUUACAUGAACAUCACGUGUCAUCUGCCGCUGUUGCUGUCUGGAGCGUCUCUGGGUUUGAUGCACAGUCAGCUGUGUAUCGCAGAAACGGCCACCGUCCUCGUCAUUACGGGAACUGUGAUGGUCACUGUGGUGGCGGCUUUGGUUAUGGCAGAACGCAAGCGAAAGAAGCAAAAGAUGAGCCUGGAAAAACAAGGAAAUGAUCCUAUGCCCUGGGAGUCUCGCAAAUGAAGCAAGGAGCAAAAGCCAUUAGGAACACAGUCUUAUUUUACACAACAGCUCUUCAUUUUAGCACAUAUCCAUAUUCACUUCAUAUUCACUACUUUCCUGAAACAUCUUCCUAGUCUUAUUUUGAAUGGUUUGUUGGCCAUUCUUACAAAUGAUAAGUAAUUCUUCAUCAAAACAUAAUAUAAUUCCAGAGAUAACAUUUUUGUAGACCAAAACCUGGAAACAAGCACUUACGACCCCAUCGUCCUGAAGUCAAAGGGUUUUUGGUUAAAUGCUUGAAAUGAGGUCUGUGGUGAACACAAGCUCAAGAUAUUUUCAAGUUUUAUUAUACAACAAAAUCAGUAAUGGGUCAUUCCUGGAUUCAGUGCCAUUUGUGUCCCCAGCAAAGAUCGUAAUAUUAUUGCCUUAGAAUUUUCAACAUCAUCAGUUCAUAUAGUUGUUUAGACAUGAAUAACAUCUCUUGAACUUUAAGCAUAUUUAGGGUUUUUUUUUUUUAAACAAUUCUACACAUUUUACAGUAUUUUAAACCAACAAAUAUCACCAUUUUCCCAUGUCCACCCUGUCAAGGUGAAUGGCUCAUUCCCAGUAUUCGGUGCCUUUUGGACAUCAUAACACUUAAAAAAAAGUAAACCCAUUUUUUUUUCUUAAUCAAUUCUUGUUUAAUUAGGAUAGGAAGAUGUAAAACAUGUGAAUUUCAGUCAAUCUGAGAUAUAUAAAUUUAAGGAUCCAUGUAUUGUGUCCACCCUGUUAGAUUUUCUGACUUAACAGGGUGGACACUAACAAAGUGGACAUUUUGACCUAAAAUCAGCCAUUACAAACAAAUGCUAAUGCAGAAGGUCUGUCAAAUAAAGUGAAAAUGAUACUUUUUUCAUAUUCCCCUUAACAGGGUGGAUAUGUUGAAGUUGACCACAUCAAAUUGGAAAGAUAAAAUAAGUAAAAACAGAUUAACAAAACAGAGGCUCUCUCUCACCUUCCACAGUUGUUUUCCUUCCAAUGAAAUUGUGUAAUUUCCUUUUUCCAACUUUCAUUUAAAGGGCCAGUAGUCGAAUAUAACAGGGUGGACAAUAUUUUAGGGACAAGCUAAAAACCUUUAUUAUUAUUAUUAUUAUUAUUAUUAUUUUAAUGAAUUUAAUAAAUCUAUACAUUAGAGAAAAUUAUUACUGAUAUUCCAAACAAUGUAAAAAACAUUUGCUCAAAUUAAGUGUUGUAUUCAUCAUCAAAAUGUUGUUGUUAAUUUUUAAGGCAGUUAUAUCAUGAUCUUUACUGGAGACACAGAAGUCAUUGAAUCCCAGGAAUGACCCUAAUACUGCAUGGUGAUUUUUCUAACAGUUUUACUUGUCUUGAAAAAGCUGGCUGCAAGUGUUGUCUGGUUGUUAAACAUCAUCACACCAAACAGGUAAACUCAUCACUAGUUUCUGGCGACUGUAUUUUGGCUUCAAAAAUUUAUAAAAGUAGUGUUUAAUUGUGAAAAUUAUCACACUGCAAGAACCAUCAACUUUAUUCUUUACAAUAAUUCAAAAGUGAAUAGUGGGAAUGAGGUUCAAGGCCUGCAAAAAUGUUCCAUCACUGCAACACUCUUAACUUUUAAUCAAUCCUCCGCAUUCAAUAUGGAUAUUUUUCCUUGCUCUGAAAAAUUUGUUUCAUUAUUUGUUUGUGAACUCUGUCAAUUCUUGAUCUUGCUAACUGUCGAAAAUCCUGCUGAAGGAAAUGAGACUUGAGUUUGGGUUUCAGUACUCGAGUGUUUGGUAGUGAUCUCCAGCUGAGUGACGCAUGAAAAGCCACAGAGAAGGUUUGUUUACUUUUUGACACUCAAUAC